AUGGCGUCCUCUUAUUCCCCCACCGCCAUCAUCAUUGGCGCUGGUCCUGGUGGUAUCUCAAUGGCCUACCGUUUAAAGCACGAAUUGGGAUUUAAUGAUUUCCUGAUAUACGAGAAGCUAGAUGGUGUGGGCGGUACUUGGCGAUCAAACUCCUAUCCUGGCUGUGGAUGUGACCUUCCUUCGCAUCUUUACUCUUUCAGUUUCAAUCUCAACGCUAAUUGGUCCAAGGAAUUGUGUGAACAGCCUGAGAUCUUGCAGUACAUUGAAGACACAGUCGACAAGUUUGGUCUACGACAACAUGUCAUUACCUCCGUGGAGUGCUUAGGUGGUGCUUGGAACGAGGACGAAAAGGAGUGGACUGUCCGGUUCCGCGACCUGCAAACCGGGCUGGAAUUAACGCGUCAUGCGACUGUUUUCAUUUCCGCAGUUGGUGCCAUCUCAUUUCCCCGGGAUGUGAAAUUCAAGGGGAUGGAGAAUUUCAGGGGUGGCGUGUUUCACACUGCGCGCUGGGACCACGCAGUCGACUACACUGGCAAGAGAGUGGCGGUCAUUGGAAAUGGCUGCAGCGCCGCCCAAGUCGUGCCUGCGGUCGCGAAGAGGGCAGCUUUCGUGCAGCAAUAUGCCCGCAGUGCACAAUGGUAUCACGCUCGGCGAUGGCUUCGCCUGCGGAUCUUCCUCCAAGCAGAGCGGGAGGCUUACACUUACUUUUCUUCGGAGGCUGGUGUCCAAGCAAGACUCGCAGCGGAAGACGAGUCUCGAGAAUACAUUCUCUCUCGUACUCCGCAGCAAUACAAGAAGGCCGUGGUGCCUGAUUUCCCACUUGGUUGCAAGAGACGCAUUUUUGACCCCGGCUAUCUUGACUCUCUGCAUCAGCCCAACGUAAACCUUCGCAAUGAGGGGAUCCAGGAGUUUACCGAGAACGGAAUCAUCGGAUCUUCCGGUGUUGAAGACGAGUUUGAUAUCAUUGUGCUUGCGACCGGCUUCCAGGUGUCACAGUUCCUGGCCCCAAUGGAAAUCUAUGGUCGGCAUGGCAUCUCCCUGAAUAAGCAGUGGAACGAGUCUCGAGGCGCGCAGGCUUACUAUGGGACUUUCGUGCACAGCUUCCCCAACUUGGGCAUCAUAUUUGGCCCCAAUAGCUUCCCUGCGAACAACUCUGCUUUGUUUGCUUGCGAAACUCAAGUUUGCUUCGCUGUGAAGGCCCUCUUCGAGCCAAUUCUCGACCGUCGAACUCGAGUGGUGGAGGUAAAGCAAUCAGCAGAGGAAAGGCAUACAAUAUCCCUACAGGAGAAGCUCAAGGGCACUGUUUUUGCAGGAGAUUGCUCAAACUGGUAUAUUAACGAGUAUGGGCGAAAUGCCGCUUCGUGGCCAGCGAAGGCUACCUUGUUUUGGCUGGAGACCUACCUGCCCAACUGGAAUGCUUUCAUCUGGAAGAAUGGCUCAGCGUCUUGGCCCCUUUACAGAUUUUCUAGAUGGCUGAGAAUGGGAUCCUGGUACUCUAAGGCAGCCAUUGCGGCGAUAUUCGCCAUGGCGCUAUCUCGGAGCGGAGCAGGUGGCGCCUUCGAAGUCACUGGAGUUUUUGAAAACUUGCGUGAGUGUAUUGGAGCUCUGGCCGCCUAUAUUGUUAGCUAG